UGGAUAGGUCUCUGCGGGCAGACCCAUCCCCAGUGCCGGACUGGUGUCUCUGAAAGGCUGCCCACGCGUGUUUUGGACCUGGGAGAACCCGACGGCUCUGUCCUCGUGCGACUGUACGAGCCUCCAUCCGGCGCAAAUGCCCGUUAUGUCGCCCUGAGCUACUGCUGGGGCCAGGCGGGCAACCUCACAACGACCACACGCACAAUCGCUGCACGGAAAACCGAGAUCUCCUGGGCCCUUCUUCCCAAGACCUUUCGCGACGCCGUGCUCAUCGCCCGCGGUCUCGGCGUGCGCUAUCUUUGGAUCGACUCCCUCUGCAUCAUCCAAGACUCACCAUCUGACUGGGAAGCAGAGGCGGCGCGCAUGGCAGAGGUCCAUGAGAACGCCUACAUGACAAUCGCGACCGACGCGGCCUAUGAUCCCACCUGCGGCAUCCUUAAAGCCCGACAAUCCCUCGAGCCAGUGCGGCGAGAUCCGCUCCAGGUACUGCGCCCGACAGACGAGAUUUGCGUGAGGAGACCGCUGAGCCACCAAGACAUCAUCAUGCCUCGCGUGGUUCGUGACUCCACGUUCCCCUUGCUCACCCGCGCGUGGACCCUUCAGGAGCGGCUCCUCGCGCACCGCACAUUGCAUUUUACGGCUUUCGAGCUCAUCUGGGAAUGCAAAGAGACGCUCUUCUGCGAGUGUCAA